AUGGAAGACAUCCGGGCGCAGGAUUUAGAGUCAUGUUUACGGAGUUUCUCUCAUGAGGGCGAUUUGCAUGUUCUGUUAGGGCAGGAGUUGGCCAAGACAUACAUUUUUCCUAGCAGUGUUGAGGGCCACAUGUUGAUCACGGGUGCGACUAGUGGUUUUGCCAGGAUCCCUGGUGUAAUCGUGUGUGAGGAGUGGACCAACUACUCCACUGCUGCCAAGCCGAUCUUCCAGGGCAUGUCCGUGGGACUUCUGCUGUCACCCCCUCAGCUCGGCCAAUUGUUUUUGCUUAGCGCUGAGUGCGACGUCGUAUCGUGA